UUUUUACGGUGUUGGUGCCGGUUAUGGAAAAUAUUCUUAUUAUGGUUGCUGGCUCUAGAUAAUUCCAUGAUCUAAACCGAUAGUCGUAUCCAUUGUUGACACUAGACUUCGCCGUCGAUUGACUUAAACUAUAGUGGCCAGUUUGUUUGCUUGGGAUAGCCAGCCCAUCGUGGGAGCAUCAAGCAUUUUUGCCAAAGCUAUUGACAGGCUAUAGCAAAUGGUUAUAAAAGCGGGUGAUGGUCAAACUGAACCGAGCACAACUGAUGUGAGAUGAUAACACCAUCAUGGUCGAUCCCUUCCGGCCAGGCAGUUGUCCAGUCCGUCAAGCGUGGUAUGGGCUUACCGGUUGGUCGUGUUUGCAAGCCCCAUUUGAGACUCCGCCAUGGGGGUUUAAACCGUCUGUAGGGAACAAACCUGGCGCUCGUCAUUCUUUUCUCUUUCUUCUUUACUUGCAAACAUGUCUGUUAACGUGAAAACUGUACCUACAACACCAUACGAAGGUCAAAAGCCUGGUACUUCGGGUCUUCGCAAGCGUGUCAAGGUCUUCCAACAAGAAAACUACACUGAAAACUUCGUGCAGGCUACACUUCAAGCUAUCCCCGAACCUGGUGGUGCGAAAGGUGCAACGCUCGUCAUUGGAGGCGACGGACGUUACUACAUUCCUGAGGCACUUCAAAUCAUCGCCAAGUUGAGUGCUGGUGCUGGUGUCUCCAAAUUGAUUGUCGGACAAAAUGGUAUUCUCUCCACGCCAGCUGCUUCCAACUUGAUUCGAAAGUUUAAGGCCACUGGAGGUAUUCUCUUGACUGCCUCUCACAACCCUGGAGGUCCUAACAAUGAUUUUGGUAUCAAAUACAAUGUCUCCAAUGGAGGUCCUGCUCCUGAGAGCGUCACUAACAAGAUCUAUGAAAUCACGAAGACCAUCAAGGAAUUGUAUAUUGCUGAUAUACCAAAGGUCGACUUUACUACCAUUGGAUCCACCAAAGUGGGUGAUAUGACCAUUGACGUCAUCGAUAGCACUGAAGACUAUGUCCAGUUGAUGAAGUCCAUUUUUGACUUUGAUGCUCUUCGCGAGUUCUUCAAGUCCAACCCCAACUAUCGUAUUCUAUUCGAUGGUAUGAACGGUGUCACUGGCCCAUAUGGAUACCAUCUUUUCGUUAAGGAACUUGGAUUGCCUGAAUCCAGCGUCAUGAACUUCAAACCCCUUGCCGACUUUGGUGGCGGUCAUCCUGAUCCCAACUUGACCUAUGCUCAUGACCUCGUUGAACGUGUUGAGAAGGAAGGCAUUGAUUUUGGUGCUGCUUCCGAUGGUGAUGGUGAUCGUAACAUGAUCAUUGGAAAAGGUGCUUUCGUUACUCCCAGUGAUAGUGUUGCCAUCAUUGCCCACUAUGCCAAGGCUGCUAUUCCCUACUUCCAAAAGAACGGUGUCAACGGAUUGGCAAGAAGCAUGCCCACCUCGCAAGCUAUCGAUUUGGUAGCCAAGCAGCAAGGCUUGGAACACUUUGAAGUUCCUACCGGCUGGAAGUUCUUUGGUAACCUCAUGGAUGCUGGUCGAUGCUCUAUCUGUGGUGAGGAAUCCUUCGGUACCGGCUCUGAUCACAUUAGAGAAAAGGAUGGUCUCUGGGCUGUUAUCGCAUGGUUGAGCAUCAUCGCCUAUGCCAACAAGCAGAAAUUGGCAACCAGUGUCCACGACAUUUUGCAGCUCCACUACAAGCAGUACGGACGCAACUUCUUCUCCAGAUACGAUUACGAAGAGGUUGAGUCAAAGGGAGCUAAUGAGAUGGUCGAACGCCUUCAGGGACAGAUCAAGUCUGGAGAACUUAAGGGCAAGACUUUUGGUAACUUCAAGAUUGCCUUCGUCGACGACUUCGAGUACAAUGAUCCCAUCGACAAGAGUGUCUCUAGCAACCAAGGUGUCCGUAUUGUGUUCGAGGACGGCUCUCGUGUCAUCAUCCGUCUGUCUGGCACUGGAUCUCAAGGCGCCACUGUUCGCCUUUAUGUCGAAAAGUACUCUAAUAAUGCCGCCGAAUACGACGCCGAUACUCAAAAGGCUCUCAAGCCUUUGAUUGACCAGGCCUUGGCCAUCUCUCAACUCAAGGAGUUCACUGGUCGUGACACCCCUACCGUCAUCACAUAAACUUCUCGCAUCAUCAAACAAAUGAACCAAAGACAUUGUUCUCACUAGUCCUCAUAUCUAUGAUCCAUUUUUUUUUUUUUCGCUUUGGUACCUGUAAAGGGUGUGGACGGUACUCCAUGCCACAUGGAAAAUAAACAACAAAAAAUGGGUUUAUACAUAAUGUACA